CUGAAUAUUAUACGUCGAGAAAUACAACAGUCUGUAACUGAGGCUAUUGAAUCAGCGGUCAAGAUGUUCUUUUCUAAAGAGUUCGAUGAAAUUAAGAGUGAAUUGGCUACUUUACAAGAAAUCCGUAAAAGUAUGGAAUUUCUUAGCUCUCAAUAUGACCGUGUGAAUUCUGAUAUAAAAUACUUACAGGAUCGACUAACCUUGGUAACUAUAGAAAAAUUAAUGCUAUCCAGUCAAGUGUUAGAUAUGUCAGAUAGACUUAACCUUAUGGAACAACAUUCUCCUGAAACGAACAUAGAGAUCAAUGGCGUUAAGGAAAAUAAGUCCGAUAAUUUAUUGUCCUUAGCGAAACAACUUUGUUCUACUAUCUCCGUCCCUUUUAUGGAUGCUGAAGUUCUAUCAGGAGCUAGAGCUAGUAAAAUGAAUGAUAAAAAUGAUCGUCCCCGUUCUAUCAUAAUUAAGUUGCAGUCCGUAAAGAAACGUGACGAAAUAUUUGCGACGGUUUCCAGUUUCAAUAAGAAAAACACGUUGGAUAAACUUAAUUAUUCUCAUUUGGGAUAUGCUGGCAAUAAAUCGCCUGUAUACGUUUCUGAACAUUUAUCCUCUCAUAACAAAAAACUACAUGCUAGCACCAGAAACAUUGCACGUGAAAAGGGUUAUAAAUAUGUUUGGAUCCGUAAUGGUCGUAUUUUUGUGCGAAAAGAGGAUCAUACCCCUGCGAAACAAAUAAAAUGUUAUGACUCUCUGAAUAACUUGUAA